AUGUUGGAUGCAAUUCCAUCCGUGGAAGAAAUUAAACAAAUUUUAUUUGAAAUGGACCCAGACAUCUCUCCAGGUCCAGAUGGGUUUUCAGGCAGCUUUUACAGGGCUUAUUGGAUGAUAAUUCAAGAUGAUGUGGUCAAUGCUGUCCAAUUUUGCUGGAAAAGAAAAUUUAUUCCAAAGGGUUUAAACUCUAAUUUCCCGGUGCUGCUUCCAAAAGUUGAAGGUGCAAGAUCUCCUCAGCAAUAUAGGCCAAUUGGUCUAAGCAAUGUCAGCUUCAAAAUUUUUACUAAAAUUAUUGCAUCAAGAAUGUCAGGUCUCAUGCAUAAGCUAGUUUCUCCUCAUCAAGCUGCAUAUAUCAAAGGAAGAAAGAUACAAGAUCAAAUUAUCUUAGCCUCUAAAAUGGUUAAUGAAAUCUGGAGAUUUCUUUUUCAAGUUCUAAAGAAAUAUAGAUUUCCAGAUACUUGGUGUAAAUGGCUUGGCAUUGUUUUUGAGUCUGCAAGAAUCUCUGUCAUGAUAAAUGGAGGGCCAAAUGGUUUCUUUCCGGUGGGUAGAGGGUUAAGGCAAGGAGACCCUCUAUCUCCAUUACUCUUUGUUUUGAUGGAGGAUGUACUUAGUAGGAAUAUCACAAAGUUGGUAAUGGAGGGUAAGAUUAAUCCAAUGGUGAUAAGAAAUGGAAUACACCCUUCUCAUAUGUUUUUUGCAGAUGAUGUUUUUAUUUUCUGCAAUGGAGCUAAAAAGAGUAUUCAAAAUUUGAUGAAGAUAUUAGAAGCUUAUCAAGACAGUUCAGGUCAAGUGAUAAACAAAAAUAAAAGUAAACUGUUUGUGGAUGGUACAACAGCAGCAAGAGUAAUACAAAUUAAGGAAAUGAUGCAAAUGGAAGUAAGUAAGUUACCUGACAAAUACUUGGGAGUCAUCUUACAUGCUGGCAGAGUUAAAAUUGCUACAGUCUGGCCUAUGAUGGAGAUGAUGCAAAAUAAAAAUUUUCUUUGGUCUGGAGAUGGUGAUAUCAAAAAAUUUAAGACCCUCUCAUGGAAGAAGGUGUGUUCUCCUUAUAGUGAAGGUGGCCUUGGUCUGCAAAGAUUGGAAAUUCUCAAUAAAUCUCUGCUCAUGAAGAUUUUAUGGAGAAUCAUUAAUUCAGAAGCUGAAUGGGCAUUAUUUAUUAAGGCUAAAUUUCAAGACAAACAACAACAAUGGAAGUGCAAUUGGCAACUGUCAUCCAUUUGGCCAGGACUGAAAGGGGCUUGGAAUCAUCUGAAAGAAAACAUAAGAUGGUGCCUUGGAAAUGGACAAAAAAAUUCUUUAUGGUAUGACUCAUGGCUUGGUAAUACUCCUAUAAUUGAAGAGGUUGGACUUACAGAUUAUGUCAAGAACCAUAUCAACUUAAAGGUGUCAGAUUUAAUUCUAGAAGGAAAAUGGAAUGUACCUGAGGAGCUAAAACCAAUAAUUGCACAUUACACUCUGCCUGAAAUUGGUGUUGGUGAGGAUAUUUUGGUAUGGAAAGAAGACAUCAAAGCUUGUGCAAUUUUAAAAGAGCUCUGGUUUCAGAAGAAUAAGAUGUGGUUUGAGCAGAUAAAACCAAAUUUGCAAAGUUUCAAGGCAAGAAUUAAGAAAACAAUAUAUAAAGGAAGCCUCAGAAUGAAAAGCAACAAGUGGAACUCUGACAUUGAUAAUCAGAAGGUAAUUCUGGUUUCAGAUUCCAAAACAGUCAUAACUGAAUUUGAAAAUAAUAAGAUGCCCUGGUUUGUGAGAAUGAGAUGGCAGAAGGAAAUAAAACAGAUUCAGAAUAUCCAAUUCUUACACAGCUACAGAGAAACAAACUUUGCCGCAGACACAGCAGCAAAAAAAGGGGCCAAAUUGGCUGCAGGGCAAAGGAAAGUAUAUGUUGGAAGACCUAGAUUUCUGGCUAGAGUAGAACAACCAAAUGUGGAGUAUUAUAGAAUCUGUUAA